AUGGAAAAUGAAGAGGAGGAAGAGAUAGAGAAGUCUAUUAUUGUUCAAGCGAUGACAUCUUGUGUAGCAGCUGUUGGGGAAUACUGUCGCGUAUACAUGUUUAAACAACCGGUUCGUCAUGAGGAUGAUGAGCAAACGAGGUUCAUCAACUCUACCAUUCGGGCUAGUGACAGGGAUUGUGUCAUGCAACUCAUGAUGAAUCGAGAGAUAUUCUUUGAACUAUGUACCAAGCUACGCGAGAAGACACAACUACGUGAUACUCAUAGUAACGUGCAGAACUGGCUGAUGUAUUACAAGAGAGAAUAUAAUGUUGUGAAGGACAUGCUGGCGGUCAAUGAGUUUGGAUGGGACAAUGAGCGGAUAGUGGUUACAGCUCCUGAUGAAGUCUGGGAGGAAUACCUUAGUUCUCACCCGCGUGCUAAAAGACUCCGUUAG